UCUAUAACGCUCUCAAAAUCCCUCCAAUUCACACAAAAAAAUAAAAAAACAAAAAAUAUAUAUUCUUCAAACAUUGAAGCUAUUGAAAUUAGGGUUUUUUUUUCAAUUGAAUUUUCAUAUGGAUACAAAAUUAGGGCUAGGGUUGGGGAAUUAUGUGAGCUGGGAAGAGGUGAACGGUUCAAGCGAUAAAGGAAGAAGGGUGGUUCGUUAUUAUUUGAAGAGAAAAGACGGGGGAUUGGAUCUGGUUAUUGUGGGAAAAGAGAGAAGCUUGCGGCAUAUGUCUUAUCACUUUGUUUUCAAUAGAAAUUUACGUUCUUCUUCUUCGUUCAAGCUGAAAUCGAGACGAGAGGUUCUUGAUUGGCUUAUUGCCGUUGUUUCAGAUGUAAAGCCCCUUCAAUCCCCACACCCAUCAGGUUCUGUGGAUAAUAGUGAUGCUUCUGAGCCAGAUAUAGAUAAUUUCAAGGGCACUCAGAUAAGAAAGCUGGGCCAGUAUACCAAAGAGUUUUUAUGGAUAGGUUCACCUUGGACAUGCAGAAAAAAGAGGAGGCACUACCAGUCUUUUUGUCGGAAUGGUUUCAAAAUUUCUGUUUAUGACUUUGUAUACGUCUUAGCUGAGGAGGAUAAACGGCUUGUUGCAUACUUGGAAGACAUGUUUGAGGACUCGAAAGGGAACAAGAUGGUUACUGUACGGUGGUAUCACAAAAUUGAUGAGGUUGGUAUUGCUUUGCCUCACAGUUUUAAUGACAGAGAGAUUUUCUCUUCUCUUUGUCUUCAAGAUCUCAAUGUUGAAUGCAUAGAUGGAAUGGCGAUCGUCCUUAGUCCCCAUCAUUUUGAGAAGUUCCUGAAGGAGGCGAAGCACACUAUGUUUGAUCCAUUCGUUUGCUCCAAGCAAUUUGACAAUGACGAUGCCAGGCCUUUUGAUAUAACACAAGUCAAAGGUUACCGGAAACAAGAAAUAUUUAGGUACAUGUAUACUGAUUCUUCUAUAUCGCAUGAUGCCCUGAAAGUGGAUAUUAAUGCCAUUGAUGAUUUUGGCAUUGGGCCUAGGAAGAGGCAUCGUCAAUCAAAUGACGAUGAUGUAUUCCAUGGUGGUAAGCAACAAAUGAACACAGUUAAUGUGGAUAUGCAUGAUGUAAGUAAUAAUUGGGUUGACUGCAACAUUCAAAUGGAGAUAUGCAAUCCAACCGGAGGAGAAUCAACAGGCCCUCUGUCUAGAAUUGAGACUAAGCAGAAUCUUCUUCAAUAUCUGAAGGUUGGUUCUGAAGUUGAAGUGCUUUCUCAAGAUAGUGGCAUUAGAGGUUGCUGGUUUAGAGCUUCGAUAAUUAAGAUGCAUAAACAUAAGGUGAAGGUGAGAUAUCAAGAUAUUAAGGAUGCUGAUAAUGAAGCAGACAAUUUAGAGGAAUGGAUUUUAUCUACUAGAGCUGCAGUUGCUGACCACUUCAGAUUUCGAUUUUGUGGAAGGCCAAUCAUUCGUCCUCCUCGCAAAUUUAAUAAGAGUCGAGUGUCAUGGAGUUUUGAUACUGGGACUGCUGUUGAUGUUUGGAGGCAUGAUGUUUGGCAAGAAGGCAUUGUUGUUCGUAAAGAAUCUGAUGACAGCUUUCGUGUCUUUUUCCCAGAGGAAAAGCAAGAAUCAAUUGUAAGCCGUGGUGAUCUGAGACACUCGCAAGAAUGGCUGGGAAAUGAAUGGAUGCACGUCAAAGACCGGCCUGAUAUUGUGACCACUCUAUCGUCUUUUACGGAAAAGCUUGUAACUGUGUCUGAUGAAAUCAAAUUAGUUCAAACUGUUGUUUGUGAGACGAAGCAAUCAGAGAAAUCAAAAACUGAAUGUAGUGAUCAUCCGUUGGAUUCUGGAAGCGAUGGGGCUGUGGAAUUGAAGACGGUGCGGGAUCUCUCUAAGGAUGAUUCUCUAGCGCAGUUAAGGUGGAAGUCUUCAAAGAAGAGAAGACGCAGCGGUGUGAUUUCUAACCCAAGGCUGCAUCACAAUUCUGUUGACAGCAAGAGCUCCACAAAAGUAAUUAAACUCCACCCCUCUAAAAGAUUUGUGAUUCCAAUUUCUCUUAAAGUUGAUCAUGAGAAUUGCAAGUACGCGGGGGAUUCUCGGUUUAGUUCUGCCGUGGCUCAGCCCCUAACAAGCUUGGUUAUGUCUAGGUGAUAAUGUUAGGAUCCUGUUUUUUUUUUUUCAGAGGUACAUAGUUCAAUGCGCAUGAGCUCGAUGCGUUUAGUUUUAGAGUUCACGAUAGCCUACUAACAUCCAUCCAGAUUCUGUUACUGCAGAGAGUUUGAUGUAAGAAUAGCCUGGUGCCCCAAAAUCUCAGGCAGCAAUUUUGAUUGACUUCACAGUUAUAGAUUUGGAUAUUUAUGUCUUCUAA